AUGUCUGAGAUUACUUUGGGUAGAUACUUGUUCGAGAGAUUGAACCAAGUCGACGUUAAGACCAUCUUCGGUUUGCCAGGUGACUUCAACUUGUCCCUAUUGGACAAGAUCUACGAAGUUGAAGGUAUGAGAUGGGCUGGUAACGCUAACGAAUUGAACGCUGCUUACGCUGCUGACGGUUACGCUAGAAUCAAGGGUAUGUCCUGUAUCAUCACCACCUUCGGUGUCGGUGAAUUGUCUGCCUUGAACGGUAUUGCCGGUUCUUACGCUGAACACGUCGGUGUCUUGCACGUCGUCGGUGUCCCAUCCAUCUCCUCUCAAGCUAAGCAAUUGUUGUUGCACCACACCUUGGGUAACGGUGACUUCACUGUCUUCCACAGAAUGUCCGCUAACAUCUCUGAGACCACCGCUAUGGUCACUGACAUCGCUACCGCUCCAGCUGAGAUCGACAGAUGUAUCAGAACCACCUACAUCACCCAAAGACCAGUCUACUUGGGUCUACCAGCUAACUUGGUCGACCUAAAGGUCCCAGCCAAGCUUUUGGAAACCCCAAUUGACUUGUCCUUGAAGCCAAACGACCCAGAAGCCGAAACUGAAGUCGUUGACACCGUCUUGGAAUUGAUCAAGGCUGCUAAGAACCCAGUUAUCUUGGCUGAUGCUUGUGCUUCCAGACACGACGUCAAGGCUGAAACCAAGAAGUUGAUUGACGCCACUCAAUUCCCAUCCUUCGUUACCCCAAUGGGUAAGGGUUCCAUCGACGAACAACACCCAAGAUUCGGUGGUGUCUACGUCGGUACCUUGUCCAGACCAGAAGUUAAGGAAGCUGUUGAAUCCGCUGACUUGAUCUUGUCUGUCGGUGCUUUGUUGUCCGAUUUCAACACUGGUUCUUUCUCUUACUCUUACAAGACCAAGAACAUCGUCGAAUUCCACUCUGACUACAUCAAGAUCAGAAACGCUACCUUCCCAGGUGUCCAAAUGAAGUUCGCUUUGCAAAAGUUGUUGAACGCCGUCCCAGAAGCUAUCAAGGGUUACAAGCCAGUCCCUGUCCCAGCUAGAGUCCCAGAAAACAAGUCCUGUGACCCAGCUACCCCAUUGAAGCAAGAAUGGAUGUGGAACCAAGUUUCCAAGUUCUUGCAAGAAGGUGAUGUUGUUAUCACUGAAACCGGUACCUCCGCUUUUGGUAUCAACCAAACCCCAUUCCCAAACAACGCUUACGGUAUCUCCCAAGUUCUAUGGGGUUCCAUCGGUUUCACCACCGGUGCUUGUUUGGGUGCCGCUUUCGCUGCUGAAGAAAUCGACCCAAAGAAGAGAGUUAUCUUGUUCAUUGGUGACGGUUCUUUGCAAUUGACUGUCCAAGAAAUCUCCACCAUGAUCAGAUGGGGCUUGAAGCCAUACUUGUUCGUCUUGAACAACGACGGUUACACCAUCGAAAGAUUGAUUCACGGUGAAAAGGCUGGUUACAACGACAUCCAAAACUGGGACCACUUGGCUCUAUUGCCAACCUUCGGUGCUAAGGACUACGAAAACCACAGAGUCGCCACCACCGGUGAAUGGGACAAGUUGACCCAAGACAAGGAAUUCAACAAGAACUCCAAGAUCAGAAUGAUCGAAGUUAUGUUGCCAGUUAUGGACGCUCCAACUUCCUUGAUUGAACAAGCUAAGUUGACCGCUUCCAUCAACGCUAAGCAAGAAUAA